AUGAUGGCUUUUGAGAAUACAAGUAAGCGAACACCCCAGGAGUUCGUAGCACCUGUGGAUCCAAAGAAAAGAAAGGUUCAAUUCUCCAAUAGUACAGGGCUAGUAACACUGCAAUCAGAGGAAAUGAAAGAUGAAGUGUUUUCGACAGCUAUGUAUGCCAGGUUCGUGAAAUCUGCCUUAGAUGAUCUAGACAAGAAUGACUCAACCCAAAUCAGCAUAAUUGCCAACCAAGUAGCACUUCCGACAAAGAAUUCUGAAAGAAUCGAGGAUAAGAAUUUCAAUGUUCUUUUGGAUAUCUUAUCUAGUAACAUUAACAGGAUAGAAUCCUCCAGGGGAACUUUCCUGAUACAAUCUAUUAUAAACUUUGAGAAGUGGUGGGAAUUACCUCCACAAACUCUAAGUAAAUAUAUAUAUUUCAUUAAAAUCCUUUGCUCGAGUAUACCCAAAUGGUGGCAAGACGUUUCGAUGAUAUUGGUAUCUUGUUUUGUUUUACCAGUCGAACAAACGGUAUGUCAUCAUGACAUGCUUAAAUAUUUCUUAAGGAUGAUCCCCUCUUCGAUGGGAUUCAUAGAUACAUAUUUGGCCAAAUUUUUCCCCAAUAAGAAUGAUACUCAGAAAAAGUUGGUUAAUUAUACUUCAAACUUACUAAAAUUGAGAGGCUACUGCUCUGAACUGGGAUUCCAAAUCUGGUCCUUACUAAUAGAAAGAACUAUUUCGAUUGAUGUUGAACUACAAAACGAAUUGGAUGAAUUGGAUGACGAUGAACUAGAGAAUGCAGAGUUAGUGGAUGAUGAAGACGCAGAGGACGAAGACUUGGUAGAUGACGAUGAAAGUGACGAAGAUAACGAUAAUGAAGGGGCAAAAUCUGGCAUAACUGACAUCAAUCAAAGCGAUGAUGAAGACAUGGACGUCAUUGAAGGUAUGGACGGUGCUGAAGAGUAUAAUGUGGAGCUGACACAAGGAAUCAAAGAACUAUCUACUAAAUUGGAUGCCAUUUUAACUUUAGUAAGCUCACAUGUAGAAGAGCAAGUAACGCCAGAAAGCUUAGAAAAUGGUGACGGUGUUGGCGUAUUCAAUACUUUAACAACACUGUUUAAAACUCAUGUCUUACCCACUUACUAUACCAGAUCAAUCCAAUAUAUCAUGUUCCAUGUCUCGCAACAACAACUAGAACUAAUGGACUCAUUUUUGGUUACUCUUAUAGACAUUUCGUUUGCCGCAAAUGAAGCUGCCGAGAAAAAGAUCAAGUCGUUGCAAUACUUGGGAUCUUACAUUGCAAGGGCUAAGAAACUUUCCAGAACUCAAAUUAUAUUUGUUGCAAGCUAUUUGACUUCGUGGUUGAACAGAUAUGUUAUCGAAAGAGAAGAAGAAGUGGACCAACGUGGGGGAAUGGAAAGAUUUAAACACUUUUAUGCUGCGUUCCAGGCAUUAUGUUACAUAUUUUGCUUUAGACAUGGUAUUUUCAGGGACACUGACGGUAACUGGGAGUGCGAACUGGACAAAUUCUUUCAAAGAAUGGUUAUAUCAAAAUUCAAUCCUUUGAAGUUUUGCAACGAAAAUGUCAUGCUAAUGUUUGCUCGUAUCGCCCAACAGGAAAGCGUUGCUUACUGCUUCAGCAUAAUAGAAAAUAACAACAAUGAAAGGUUGAGAGGUAUUAUUGGCAAGGCUGAUAGUGACAGAAAGGAAAGCUCGGUGCAAGCAAACACUGCGUCAUCCUCUUGGUCAUUAGCCACCAGACAACAAUUCAUUGAUUUACAGAGUUAUUUUCCUUUUGAUCCUUUGUUUUUGAAAAAUUACAAGAUAUUAAUGAAGGAGUAUUACAUAGAAUGGAGCGAAGCAAGCGGUGAAUACGAAAGUGAUGGGUCGGAUGACUAG